AGCAACUUCAUCCUGGCCAAUGCACAAGUGUCCAAAGGCUUCCCGAUUGUGUACUGCUCGGAUGGAUUCUGUGAGCUUACUGGAUUUGCCCGAACUGAGGUCAUGCAGCAGAGCUGCGCAUGCAAGUUUCUGUAUGGCCCGGAGACCAGCGAGCACAUCAUUCUUCACGUGGAUUCUGCACUUGAGGAACGUAGCGAGCUCAAGGAGGAGAUAAUGUUCUACAAAAAGAAUGGUAGUGUGUUCUGGUGUCUGCUGGAUAUUGUGCCUAUCAAGAAUGAGAAGGGAGAUGUGGUCCUCUUCCUUGCCUCUUUUAAAGACAUCACUGACACCAAAGCCAAAUCUAUACUUGAGGAGAAGAAAGGAGAGUGCCGCCGCGAGAAGGCCAAGGGCGGGUCUCCGUUUGGCUCCACGCGGCUGCGAUCUAGCACAGUUCUCUACCAUAUUUCAGGACACCUGCAUAACCGUCACAAACAAAGUAAAAUCAAACUUAAUAAGAAUGUUUUUGGUGAUCCACCCGCUCUUCCUGAAUAUAAAGUCGCUGAUGCCAAGAAGUCCAAAUUCAUUCUUCUCCACUUCAGCACAUUCAAGGCGGGCUGGGAUUGGCUGAUCCUUCUGGCAACAUUCUAUGUUGCUGUGACGGUGCCGUAUAACGUUUGUUUUAUUGGUGAUCAGGACUUGACACGUAGCACCACUGUCACUGACAUUGCCGUCGAGAUUCUUUUCAUCAUUGAUAUCGUGUUCAGUUUCCGCACUACGUACGUGAGUAAGUCGGGGCAGGUGAUCUUUGAUGCGCGGCAGAUCUGCAUCCAUUACAUGACCACCUGGUUCAUCAUCGACCUGGUUGCCGCUCUGCCCUUUGAUCUCCUUUACGCUUUCAAAGUCAGCGUGGUGUCAGUGGUCCAUCUGCUAAAGACCGUACGCCUGCUGAGGCUCCUGCGUCUGCUGCAGAAGAUGGACCGAUAUUCCCAGCACAGUACGGUGGUGCUGACCCUGCUCAUGUCCAUGUUUGCACUGCUGGCUCACUGGAUGGCCUGCAUCUGGUACAUCAUUGGCAAGAAGGAGGUGGAGAGCAACGCAGACACCUGGGAUAUUGGUUGGCUGCAUGAGCUCGGGAAGCGGUUGGAGUCUCCAUACGAGGGGGUGAGCUCGGGAGCGGUCAACAGAACGCUGAGCAGUGGACCGUCUUUGAGGAGCAUCUACAUCGCAGCGCUGUACUUCACCCUCAGCAGCCUGACCAGCGUGGGCUUUGGAAAUGUCUCUGCCAACACAGACGCAGAGAAGAUCUUCUCCAUCUGCACCAUGCUUAUUGGAGCGCUGAUGCACGCUCUGGUCUUUGGCAACGUGACGGCCAUCAUCCAACGCAUGUACUCGCGCUGGUCCUCUUACCACACACGCACUAAAGACCUGAAGGACUUCAUCCGUGUGCACCACCUGCCCCAGAGCCUCAAACAGCGCAUGCUGGAGUACUUCCAGACCACCUGGUCUGUCAACAAUGGUAUCGACUCCAAUGAGCUCUUGAAAGACUUUCCAGAUGAGCUGCGUUCGGACAUCGCGAUGCAUCUGAAUAAAGAGAUCCUAGAGCUGUCUGUCUUCUCCUCUCUGAGCCGUGGAUGUCUCCGCUCUCUCUCCCUGCACAUAAAGACUUCGUUUUGUGCGCCGGGCGAGUACCUUCUUCGUCAGGGAGAUGCUUUACAGGCUCUUUUCUUUGUCUGUUCUGGCUCCAUGGAGGUGCUAAAGGACAGCAUGGUGCUAGCCAUCCUCGGUAAAGGGGACCUGAUUGGUGCAAACAUGUCAGUUGGUGACCGUGUGAUAAAGACGAAUGCUGACGUUAAGGCGCUGACGUACUGCGACCUGCAGUGCAUUAAUCUGAGGGGUCUGUAUGAGGUGCUCGACCUGUAUCCUGAAUACUCCCACCGUUUUGUGCAGGACAUAACUCACGACCUCACCUACAACCUGAGAGAGGGACAAGAGAGCCAUGUCAUAUCCAGGAUGUCCAGUAAGUCCAUGGACACACAGAUGGAGGGGAGGGGAAAUGGAGAUGUGAUCCAGUGCUAUCCACCAAUAGCUGAGCAUCAAGACGAGGGAGAUGAUGAUGAUGAAGAUGAUCAUAUACAGUAUCUUAGUGGUGGAACCAAACAGAAAACGCACAUGAAAAUUGAACACCGAACCAACAAAAAGCUCCACAUUCAGCAUACCACUGUCACAAAGCCUGACCUCGCAAAUCUCAGCCCAAGGGUCGUGGAUGGCACAGAGGACAGUGAUGGUACAGAAAAUUCACACACAUUCAUAUUUUCCUCUGCCCAUCAGCACACCAUCAGUGGUGCAACUAAUACCGCUGCCACCACAGCAGAAUUAGCAGCUAAAUCAGAGGACACCAGAGGACAGCUACGCCACCUUAACCAAGAGGUGAACUCUCUCGGACGGGAGGUGGCUGAGCUGGGACGAGUCAUGCGGAGUCUUGCCUUUCUCAUCGAAUCUAUGAUGGCCUCUCCUCAAACACCAGGUGGCUGUACAUCCACGUUUACCUCGGGAUAUCCAUCACCUCCUGUCCCCUUUCCGAGCCAGGGUUCUUCUUGGACCAGCCCUCCUUUUUCUUCACCGAUGCACCCUGGAAUACGUCCAGGAGGACUUGUAUCCCAUCCGCUCAGACCACAAGAACUGCAGCUGGUCUGCCCCACCACAUCUCCUGGUUCCUUUCCUAUCACACUUUCCUCAUCACCCCAUACAGACAGAUUCAGAGAGCCGUUAUUGACCCUUUCUCCACACAGCGCAGUCGCUCGGACCCGCUCGCAGAGCCUGGAGACGCCUCUUCUGCAGCAUCACCAACACAUCUCACACACCCCUGGAACUUUACCCAGAGCUGGACAGCCAUCGCUGGGAGAAGGGGAGGAUCUCAGGUCCCUGGGAUUGUAGCAGUCAACCUUUAAAAUGGACAAGUUCCACUGGAAUCUGCGUGUUAACCUGGACUCAGGACUGGACUGAUAAGAUAAGUGGUACACGCACUGCCAAAGCCAUGGAGCAAUGGUUCCUACGAAGAUAUACAUGUUUACCAUCUCAGUUUUUAAGAUAAUCUCUCUAACGGCAUGUCUUUCAAUGCUAGAAACUAAAGGGAUAUCUCUAAUCAGGAAAACUAGUUGGAGUUCCAACAGCAGAAAGUUUGACCUACCAAAAGUAAAACAAACUGAUUGUGAUUCAGAUUCAAUCCACAUUUCAUGUUGACUGCAUUUAUUAUUCAUCCAAAUACUGUUCAUAUUAAGCCAGAUGCAUACAGCCACUUUAAGACUGUGUCUUAACUAGUUUGACCAACUAGCAUUAGCAAUUUACCUUUUUAUGUAACUGACUUAAAAAAAAAGAUCCAUCAAGUUUUACUGAACUUCUAAUUUAUUCUAAUCACUGUUUCCUAAAGUCCUUUGCAAAAGUUCUGUGCAAUGAAAUGUUACACUUUAUCAACAGCAUAUGGAACAUGCUACCAGUUAUUAGCCAAAAAUAACUGUUCCUUUGACACCGUUCCUCAGGUUCUAAAUUGUAGUUAUAAUAAUGCAAUUCCAAUGGCUUUCUUUGGAAUAUACAUUAAAGUACACAAAGUUUUUUUCUGAAAAUUUGUCCAGUAAUUGCCAUAAUGUCACUAUUCUCAUAGCACCAGUUAUAAGGAGGAAACUUCACUUGUAUAUGAGCAUUAUGAUGGUAACAUAAUCAGAUGUUCAGAUCAGAACUAACUUUUUUUUUUAAACUUGGAAUAUUUCUUUACAUACUGUACUUCUAAGAAUUUUAUGGAAACACCAUAACUGAAAAGAUAGGAAUAAAUUUCACAGUUUGAGUAGAGUCUGGAGAGACUCCCCUAUUCAAUGAGCCAAAUGAUUUAUAUUAAAAAAUCUGCUCUUUAAUCAGAUGCUAAAAAGUAUGAGUUCUUCUAAUCAAGUUUUGCAGUGCUUGAUAACUGACUUCAUCCUCUAAUUUAGUCAGACUCAGAUUAGCCCUGUAUGGUGUAAAAAUGCAUUGUAUCUGCUAUGUUUAACAAACUUAACUAGUUGAUGGGUUGUCUAAACAACUAGUCAGUCUUAAAUAAGCAUUGCAUAAUUAAUAAUAGUCUUGUCAUUUCCACUGAAUACUUUUCAGACUAGUUAGGCAUGUAAGAUGCUUACAAAACUGUCAACAGUAAGCUGACAGAUAUUCAGUAAAUAAGAUAAAUAACUAACCUUUAAUUGCACAAAACUACCAUAGUCCUCACAUAUAAAGAUGGAUUAUGCAUUAUAACGGGAGCAUUGCUCACAGCGGGCAAUCUGAAGUUUGACAGUAAUUGUCUUGGAAUUUAUUGUUGAAGGUUGUGAAUUAGUUACAAAAGCGGUGCUUUGAUGACUGUAGCGACGAGGUUUUAAAGAGAAUGAAUUUAGACAUUUCUUAGAGAGUGCUGUAUGCUGGUAACUUUUUAGACUUUUUGCAUGCUAAUUUACAGCAUGAUGACAGCAUGCUAAAAGCCUUUGAGAAGCUGUAUCCCCUUUUAAACGCUAUUGCUAAUGCUGAUCACAGAAACUGGUAACACUUUACAUAUGAUUUGUUAAAAUUAGUUAAUGCAUUUGGUAUUAUGAACUAAUUUUGACAGCAUUUAUUAUUCAUCAUAUAUUUAUUAAUGUUAAUCUGUGAAUAUAUUUUAAUGUUCAUUUAUAAUUGACAUAUUUUCACAAUUUUGUAACAGCGUUG